AUGGGAUCAGAUGCAGAAGGUUCGGCAGGAGACGCGCAUGAAGAAAGAAUCGUAGGCAAGAAGCCAUGGGUAGUGCUCAAGUUCGGCGGAACCUCCGUGUCUUUCGGAACGAGUUGGAUACAGAUCGUAAAUCGAGUGAAGCAGCUUCUCCCGGAUUACAGGAUCAUUUUGGUUCUCUCGGCAUUGAGUCAGGUGACAAAUCGCCUCGAGAAGUGUCUGCAGGAAGCAGUCGGACAAGAAGAAUUGACUUCUUUGGCUUGGGUGGAGGAGACGCACAGAAGGCUGGCCAAGGAAUGUGGAUUGGAAUCAUCUGCCCUGCGAGAAGUGACCGAACGCAUCACUGAGCUUGGAGACCUGUUGCAAGGCCUCAGCAUGAUCCAAGAGGUUUCACCCAAGCUGCAAGCGAGGAUCUGUUCGUACGGAGAGCAGAUGAGCACGAGACUGGCGAUCCAGAUCCUGAAGCACAACAACAUCAAAGCAUCUCUCGUUCAAGCUGGCGACUUGCUGGUGACUGAUACCCAUCUCACUGCUCCUGAUACCGACAAAUACUUGAACGCAAACGUCUUCCCCAAAUGUGACCCCGUGUGGGCAGAAACUGUGAUAGAGAGCAAGGUCGGGCCCGCUGACGUCAUCGUCACCCAAGGGUUCGUAGCAAAGAAUGCCAAGGGCGAGAGCUGCUUGCUCGGGCGAGGAGGAAGUGACACGUCAGGCUCUCUCUUUGCUGCUCUGGUAUCCGCUCACCAUCUCGAGAUCUGGACGGACGUGUAUGGCAUGUUUUCAGGGGAUCCACGAAAAAUGCCGCAUGCGAGGUUGAUUCAAAGAAUCAGCAGUCGUGAAGCUCAAGAGCUGGCGACAUCGGGAGCUAAGGUCCUCCACCCUCGAUGCAUCGCACCUGCUGCGAUGUACGGUGUCCCUAUCGAGAUUCGCAACACCAUGGAUCCGGAUUCUGAGUACACUGUCAUCACCGUUGACGACUUUUGCAAGCCCUGCGAAGAUAAGAACGGAGGGAUGAAGAAAGACGCUCAGAACUCGGCUUCCCGAUCGCCUCUCUCGCAGUCACCCUUCGCAUCUCCUCGUAACGGUCCAUCCGCUCUUGGCUGGAACUCUGCUGGUCCCAAAACCAGUGGGAUGGGAAUUAGAAGAAUGACGCACAACGACCUGACCGAGCUUGAUACUCGUCCUCCGGCUUUUGCUGGCGUUGUUGCUCAACCGGGCUGCGUCAUGCUGACCCUGACGACCAUGGAGAUGUGGGGAGCGACUGGCUUCUUGUAUCGUUGCUUCGCUCCUUUCCAUGAUUUCUCCAUCAGUGUGGACCACGUGGCGACCUCGCAGUCCGGCAUCAGUGUAACCACCUCUCACAUCCCUGGAGGCAUCGAGGGAGACGCGUUCAAGGGUCUCAUGCAAGCUUUGGAGGAGUUGGGAGAGGUGGAGGUCUGCUAUCAUGUAGCAGUGGUGACGGUCGUAGGACGGAGGAUCCGUGAGAGGCUCCCUGACCUCGGAAAGGCGAUGAGCGCCUUCGAGGGGAUGCAGGUGCUCAUGGUUUCGGCUUCCAGCGAGGACGUGGCGAUGUCGUUUGUGGUGCACGAGGAGAAGGCGCAGCUGCUGGCUGAAGUGCUUCAUCAUCAUCUCAUCCCCGUGCACGGCGGAGACGAGAUGUUCGGUCCAACCUGGAAGGCGAUCAAGGACAGAGAUCUGGCUCGCCGGCUAUCGCAGGAUGAAGCAGAAGCAGCGGCGGCGGCCCGAGACGCCCAGGAAGCACUGCGAAGUUUGCAGAUCUGA